AUGCGAUGGAAUCCCUUCAACAAACCAUCAUUUCCUUCUUUCAUCUUGAUUCUCAUAUCAUUAUUUGUACAAAUCAUUGUCGCGCGAGCAGAUUUAAAUUUCACCGAAUCAAAUAAUCCAACAAAUGCUUCAAUCUCAAGCGCUCCAAUUUCAACUCCAACUACAACUUUAAGCAAACCGCCAAUUACGACACAGAUAUAUAAGUAUGGCUUAGAGGGAUCAUCACUUCAAGAACAUCCGGCAACAUUAUCGGAUGGAACUUUGGUAUUCUUGGUGAAAGUUCCGAAGCUUUGCUCAAUCACCUUACAAAUCUUAUACGCCGAUGGUUCGACUGGCAUAUUUGACAAACUUCCACAAGAUCCUGAUUUAUUUUGCGAUAUAAGUUAUGCAUUUACACUUAGAGUUUACCCGAUCGGUCAUAAUUUGGUUUUGGUCACGUAUAUUUUACAAGUCCAAUCAUCAUAUCAACAUCAGGGAAUAAUUAUUGAUGUGAUGGAAAGAAUACCUUUGUAUAACACAAUAUUAUACGAAUAUCCAAUGAUUCCGGAAUAUUCCACGGUUUCUAAUGCUUCCUCAUUAACAUUUUUCAGUCCGAAUAUUGACUCUGAAGACGGAUUUUUAAUGGCGUAUUUUCAUUCUACUAAUGCACAAUUGGUAUGGUGGAAGUGGAAAAACAAUAAACUUAUGAAGGUUUACGAUAAAUCAGUAGAACUUCCGGAAAUAAAUGAUUCGUUAAAGACACCAGGAAAAGGGACAAGUGUAUUUCCAACAAAAACCGGUGGUUUUGGGAUCGGUUAUACAACUUGGAAUAAUAACACUAAAAAUGAUCCAUUAUUUGUAACGGGUCAAGUUUUUUUAAAAUUCUUGGGUGUCGACCAUGAACUUAAAGGGCCUUUUUUAAUUUAUCAAACUUCUUUAAAUACAACCUUGGGUUUAAAUUCAUGUAGCGUGUCAUAUGAUAAAAAUGCCGGUUAUCAAUGUAUGUUGGAACUUGACUUAUCGGAUAAAAAUUCCUCUUUAAUACGUACUUUGAAAAUAGACUUUUGGACGACAGGAUCGGUGAUUAAGGUGACAAAUUUGGGUGAAGAUAAAAUAAAAGACGGAGUUAUACUUGGCGGUCAACCUUUAAUGACCGGAGGAUUUCUUAUAACGACGAUUAAUGAUGGCGUUAAUGGAUACAUAGUUAAUAAUACCGGUGUUAUCGUUGAUGAUUGGGGUUUACCUAAUGACAUUUUGUUUAUUUCCGGCGUUUUCCCGAAUAAUACUGCGUGGGCUUUAUCUAGUAACACGAGUGAUUCUUCUAAUUUCGGUAUCUUUUCGUCGAAAUUGAAAGUUCUUAACGAACCGAGUGAUUAUGACAACAUCUUUAUUACGGGAACUUCCCCAGAAAUUAAUGCUACCCUGAUAAUUAACGAUGAUUAUGAACUUCAGUCCGAGAUUACUAUGGAAUUCAGCAAACCGAUUAAAUUUUCCGAAGAAUCUCUUUCAAUUUACCAAAAUAUUAAUAAUACGUAUUUGCUUCGUCAAAAAAUUCUAGCGACAGAUCCUUAUUUAACAUUAGAUAAAAAAAGUAAAAUUCUUAAUUUGACAAAUGCUAUAUAUAAUAGUACAUUUAAUGUUCCCGGAGGAAAUUAUAGCAUUGAAAUGGAUUAUAAUUUUGUUAAAACUCUUUCGGAAGAUGAGCCUCUUCUUGAUAUACGUAAAAAUCGUUGGAGGUUCACAUUAGCAAAUGUCGAUAAUCCCAAAUCAUCAGAUCCUCGAAUAGGUAUAUUGAAAUUAAAAGUAGAUUUCUCAUUGAGUCAAACAAAAGGCUUGUUGAAAAAAGAUAAAAGAAAAGAAUUUCUACAAAAUUUAUUAAAUGAUAUUUCAUCCUUUAUUCCAUGUGAUGCAAACAGAAUAAAAUUAAUCAACUCAAACUUUAUUGACCUUCGCAAUAAAGGAGGUAAACAAUUUGCAUUUAAGAUAAAAAUUGAUAAGCCGGUUUUUUAUAAUGAGAAGACAAGUUCACAAAAGAUUUUUUCGGAUUUGAAAGAAAUGAUUGAUAAUUUCAACAAUACUGGUCUCGCCAAUAGAGAAUAUGCCAAGUAUUUAGAUCAAAAUGCCGGAUUGGUUGAACAAGGUAGUAUAAUGGAAAGAUAUAAGGAAGUAAUCAUUAUAGGCAUCAUUGUAUUUAUAAUUUUAGUCAUCUUGUACAUCAUUUCUGUAAGAAAGUUCAACCAGGGACGAAAUAUAACAAUCUUUAAGCAUGCACUUAUCGCUACGGAUUUUAUCUUGGAUAUAUUGUUUGUUGUAAAUAAUGCUUCAGAAGUCCAGAUUAUUUUUAUACCAAGUAUAAUAUUCACGGUAAUCCCUGCAACGGCAAAUGUGAUUAUUUCAGUCUUUAUAAAUAUCUAUGAAAUCUCUCAUAAUAAAUCAUUUCAAGAUUGGAUAAAUAGAUACGCAACGAUUAUAUUUCGAGAGCAUAGUAUAGCUUAUGAUGUUAUCCCAACGCUCACAUUAGUAACAAGUCUGGUCGUUCUUCUAGCGGAUAGCUUGUGGAGGUUCUAUUAUGCUUUAAUGCAUUUAAUUGGGUAUUAUCGACAUGAAGAACAUUUUUGGGGACCUGGCACAGAUUCGGAUACUUCAGAAGAAAAUUAA